AAUGUUUGUCGAAUUUAAAAAAAUCUCUGCUUUAUUUUAAAAACAUGUCGUAUUCCUUAAAAUGUGUCGAAUUGUAAUUAUCGAGUCCCGCAGCCCGUCGUAAAACUGUUCAAUUGUUUGUUUUCCCUGGUUUUCGUAUCACCGUAAUAAUUUGAAAGGCGUAUAAGCUUGUAUGGCAAACCUUUUGAAUCUGCGCUAUGAUUUCACGGCAUACUUUAAUUCGUCCUGUUAAAGCAGGCGUUGGAAAACCAAGCGCAUUUUCUGCGCUCUGAAAAUGCUUUGUAACUCACGGUUUGCAGGCUUUUCAAAAGCUCUCUGAUAUUCUUUAAUUUCGCACGCCCUGUCCAGUUUCAGCAAACCAAGCGACAUCGUGCGCUAUGGAAGGAGACACAUGUGAGCAAGAGUUGAUUAUCGGCACGGAAGAGGAGAUUGAGCACGAAGAGGAGAUAGUAGAGACGGAAAUCGAGCCUCAGGAGGUGGAGAUUGAGACGGAGGAUCAGACGUCCCGUUCACCCGAGAUCAUUCUGCCAGACGUUAAGAAACCGGUGACGGUUCCACCUCUGAGGCCACUCACCAUCGCUCCAAAACCAAAGCAAAUUCCCAUAGCGGUGAAACCAAUGGCCGGGCAACAGUUGUUGCUGUUGCAAGGCGGUACCGCGGGUCAGACCAUCAAACUGGUGUCGCCGCAGGGACAAGAACUGAGCCUAGCAAACUACGCCAUAAGCAGACCACUCACCAUAAAACCUACAGUGAAAACCAUAUCGACCCAGGGCGGGAAUAUCUCGUUGGUGCAGCAGAAGCCGGUCGUUAUGAAAAAGAUCGUGACGACCGGUCAGAAAACCAUCACGAAACCCGUGACGUUAUCAAAACCGAUAACUUUCGCGAAGCCCGGGCAACAGUUUAUGGUGAUACAGAAGCCCGAUCAGCAACAGGUCAAACUGAUGCAGAGUCCGACGAAGACUAUUACUUUGCAGCAGGCCCAGGAGAUGGGAUUGUUGACCAACGCCAAGUUCCUGCCGCAGACGCAGGCCGCCAUCAACAAGCAGACAGUGUUGAUCAACAAGAACCAGCAGAAAACUAUCAAGAUAGUGCCGCAGCUGAGUCCGGCCCAGGUGUUGACGACGGGUACUACGAAAACGAUAACCGUGAACCAGCUGAAGCAACCUACCAAGAUUCUUCCGGCGACGAGCAUGGGGGCUGCUAAACCCGCGCAGAGGAUCAUCUUCAAGAACGCGUCUGGGGCACAGACGAUUCUACCUGGGGGUCACCUGAUCCAGAUGACCGGGAAUCAGGCCUUGCAGACCGGUAAUAUCCACCAGAUCAACAUACCCGGAAAAGGGAUGCAGUAUAUCAAGUUCGUGAGUGCGUCGUCUGCGCAGUCUAGUGCGGGUCUGGUGACCAUCACCAAUGCGGUGAAGACAACCUUGGCGAAUCCGAGUGGCGUUUUGGCGGAGGCGAAGCCGUCGGUCAGUGCGACGGGCAAAAUCGCUCCGAAACCCAUUAGCAUCAAGCCCGCCAUUCAGGUAAACAAAAUCGCCACAUCCGCAGAACAGGUGGUGGUGGUGCCCGCCUUCAAUUUGGCCACUCAGUUGCAGGUGUCGAAGGUGGCCAUACCGCAGAUAAAACACGCCGCCGUCCCCCAAACCAACGUGCCCAAGGCGACGUCGACGACGCCUGGGACGCUCGGCGCGUCCGAGGGCGGCGUUUCGCCGCCCGCCCCCGCUGGCGCCGCCAACGACACCGCCGACCCGAACGGCAUUAGGCCGCGGAAGCCGUGCAACUGCACCAAAUCGCAGUGCCUGAAGCUGUACUGCGACUGCUUCGCGAACGGCGAAUUUUGUUUCAUGUGCAACUGCAUGAAUUGCUUCAACAACUUGGAAAACGAAGAGCAUCGCAACAGGGCGAUCAAGGCGUGCCUCGAACGCAACCCGAACGCCUUUAGGCCGAAAAUCGGCAAGGCGAAGGACACGACAGGCGACGUGUUGAGGAAACACACCAAGGGGUGCAACUGCAAGAGGUCCGGGUGUCUGAAGAACUACUGCGAAUGUUACGAGGCGAAAAUCGCGUGCUCCAACAACUGCAAGUGCAUCGGGUGCCGUAACAUCGAAGACAGCAUGGACAAGAGGAGCGCGAGGGUGCCGAACAUUUUGGAAAAGUCGAACAGCGCCUCGCUGCCCGAACGCGUCUACAGGAGGAUUUUGCCGCAUCGCCAAGACGCGACCAACCGUUUGAGGAAGACGCCGAACCUGAGGAAACAAACGCUGAAUUUCAUCACGGACGACGUGAUCGAGGCGACGUGUCAGUGCCUGCUGACGAUAUCCGAGGACGCGGACUCCAUCAUGCAAGACGAGGAGGUGACGAAGAAACAGAUAAUCGAGGAGUUCGGGCGUUGCCUCACCGAGAUCAUAAACUGUUCGACGAAUCGUUGCUUGAGUUGAGCCCGGUGUAAUUUUUUUUUUAAUUCGUUGAAAUGAUUUUUUUUGUAUUAGGUAUUGUUUAUAUGGUGUGUAUCGCGUUGAAAGAGUUAAUAUAAUUAUCAAGUGAG